AUGUCCGACAAAGACAGGAUUGCACAGCUCCUUCGUGAGCUGGAGGAAGCCAAGGCACGAGAGGAGGAAGCCAAGGCACGAGCGGAGGAAGCCAAGGCACGAGCGGAGGAAGCCAAGGCACGAGCGGAGGAAGCCAAGGCACGAGAGGAGGAAGCCAAGGCACGAGAGGCGCAAGAGCGAUGCGAGAGGGAGCGGCUUCAGCUGGAGCAUCGAAACACCACGUUCCUCGAAUACCUGCACAACUGCCACAGGCAUCUCUACAACGCUCUACGACUUACCAACACAUCGAGGUAUUCUACGGGCUAUACGAAAGUCGUGGGCAAGUACUACCCCAAGCGACUUCGUCCUUGGACCUACUUUGCCAACGUUCUCCACCCACAUUAUUUCGAUCUUGUGCAGAGUAUCUGUGGUCAAAGGCAGCUCUUCGAACCAGCCAACACGACUAAGAGCCUUGGGACGAUUAUCUCGGAUCAUCUAGCGGGUAACGAGAAAGCGAUCGACCGUUUUGAGGUAGAUGCAGUCGAGCGCCCAGUGCAGGGGAUCCUCAAGGUUCUUGCAACGCAUAAGGAGGCGGGCAAAGCAUCGAUAUGCCCCGAGUUUCGGUUCAGCGCUAACCUCCGCGAGCUCACACAAAAAGAUGACGGGAGUAGCGGUGCAGAUGACAACACCAGCGAUGGGAGUUUGGAGCGACGCCAACAAGCCGGGCCGAAUAAGCGCCCUACGUCCAAGAGGAAAUAUAUAUGCUCGAACAGACAGCCUGACGGAGUCGGUAUACGGAUGCAACCCGGCGGAGGCCAGACCCACGCCUUUAUAUACGACUACAAGGCAGCCCAUAAAGUCGCUAUCGAGUAUAUUCGGUCGGCUACAGCGAAGGAACACCUGUUCCACGAGGUUGUCGCACGCAUCAACGACGACAAGCUCAGCCGCGACGAGGAGGUGCAGCGCCGGGAGCAGGCCGAGGCAUUAAUCGCCAUGGCACUGACGCAAGUCUUCGACUACAUGAUCACCUACGGGGUAUCAUAUGGUUAUGUUGCUGCGGGCCGGUGCUUGCUACUCCUCUACGUUGACAGAGAUGAUUGGCAAACGCUGUACUGUCAUCCGUGCCUGCCGGCCGACGAUUCGUACGCGGAUGUGGCCUAUCUUGGGCUCGAGCCCGCCGAGUUAUCGUCGGCGCCGUCGUCGCAGAACACGGACAUCUCAGAGUAUACGUCCAAAGCGGAACCGACCGGUCGGAAUGUAGCCUUACGGUCUCAGUCGUCUUGCAAACCGGCAGCGGUACUCCCCCAAAGCAACGAGCAUGACGACGAAGAGGACCAUUCGGAACCCGGCGCAUCUCGCUUAAGGCUAGCGGCUAACAAGCGGAAGCGCGGUCCGUCGAGUGGUGGCGAGGACGGGGAUAUCGCCAUGGCUGACUCGGGGCCCACCAAGCAAUAUUGCACACAAGCGUGCCUAUUAGGUCUCAAGAGAGGGAAAGACCUGGACGAGAAGUGCCCCAAUGUCUCAUUACAUCGCUUCGAUGGCUCCUCUCGGCAUCCCGUCAAUGCCCAUCGUUUUACCGAUAUGGUGGAGCAGCAGCUUCUCUUGAGUCCCUACAAGGGAUGCCGGAUGGUGGACUUCUGGGGCAAGAGAGGAGCGAUGGGCUGGCUUUUUAAGCUGGAGCUUCUUCCAUACGGCUACACAUUUGUUGGUAAAGGAACACUGGAGGACCGCCUCAGUCGUUUGGAGCACGAAGGCCGGGUCUACGCACAGCUUGAUCAUCUUCAGGGCGACGUGGUACCGGUGUAUCUGGGCCUCGUGCGCCUCGAUCGUGGCUACAUUCUCCCGGGGCUUGAGUUUGUUGUUCAUAUGAUGCUUAUGUCGUGGGCGGGCCAGACGCCAAGCGCUAGCAUGGACGACGCCGAGACGCUGAAGAGGGAGUCAUUGACGGCUAUCUGGAACGAGGGUGUUGUUCAUGGGGAUGAAAAUAGGGCCAAUUAUCUCUGGAACGCCGAGCGUGGUCGCAUAAUGAUCAUCGACUUCGACCGAGCCCACCUCUCCCCACCUCCCAAGCCUCGAGCGGUUUCCAGGCUCUCAAAACCGAAGAGGAAGCGUGGUGAUAGUGAGGCAGACGCGCAACUCUUUGGGCCCCUAGAAAUAAACCGUUCGAAACACCGAAUUCGUACUUAA